CCAUUCCGGCUUCCCGUUUUCCGUGCCAGAUCGAAAGAUUGAAAUCCCGUACUCUACUCUUUCGAAGCAACGUUGCAGUGACUCCAGUGACUCUGCGCAGCAUGGCUAAAGUGAACUAGCAUGGCGUUGUUUAUGACUUGAGGAGCAUGGGGUUUUCUGUUCCAAUUUUGUCUCGCUGGGUUAGCAGGCUAACCAAGCGCAACAUUUUUGCUUCUGUGUCUCGCAGCACCGUUCACACAGGCAUUGCAAGCAGCAAGGAGGAGACUGAGCACGAUGGCGAUGUUCGAGUCCACGAAGACAUCCCGAAGGCUCCGCUUUAUCCUGGCCACAUACCAACAACGCUUGCACAGAAGGUCCUGAUAUCUGUCGGGUCCGCUCUUGCAGCAAUCACAGAUCCUUUCAGAGAUGACAUGGUGGCAGUGUUCGGAGAGACAACUGGGUCCCUCGCGUUUCGCGAGCUGCAUAGAAUCAUGUCGAAUGAUCCGGAAGGUAGACAGAUAUUGAGGGAUCGACCAAGGAUCAACACUUCUAUGCUUGACUUGGACUACCUGAGGCAGCUUCCCAAAGAAACUUUUGGUCAUGCUUACUACCGUUUCCUCGCAGACAAUAAUGUGACUCCGGACUCCAGACUGGCGGUGCAGUUUGUGGAUGACCCCGAGCUCGCAUACGUGGCUCAGAGGUACCGCGAGGUACACGACCUGAUACACACUUUGCUCGAGAUGCCCACACACAUGCUUGGAGAGGUGACCGUCAAAUGGGUGGAGGCGAUUCACACCAAGAUGCCCAUGUGCUCCACCGGCGCCCUUUUCGGUGCUGUACGCCUCAGGCCCAAGCAGCGCAGGGACUAUGUUUCAAGCCAUCUCCCUUGGGCACUACAUGUGGGGUACAAUGCAAAAAACCUAAUGUGCGUUUACUACGAGAAGCACUGGGAGAUGCCCCUGCUGGAGUUGCAACACAGCCUCAACAUUGAACCUUUUUCAAGGAAGCAGUCCAUGCAAGAGCACGUGCCCAGUUCGCAGAAAGGUGGACUCGUUGCAUAGCAUUACACUUCUACUGUAGAGGAAUGUACCAGCAGUGUCCGAUUUUGCUGUAGCUGAAAGGUUUUUCGUGGGACUGCGGAAACUCCGAUCGUAGUCUACAUACCUGGAAGGCUCAAGUGCGAUACAGGUUCCUUCUGAUUGCACGCCUAGCUUCGGACAAAUAUGUUGCAUUGUGUUUGUACUGACAUUGUUGCAAACUGAUAGUCUGAAUAUUUAAUUUAUGCCAACAACUUUUUCUUUUCUGCUUAGAAUACGUUACAAUAAAUUUUUUUUUUUUUUGGAAAUGUUUUUUGUUUUUACAGACAGAAUAAAAUGUAAGAAAAAAUGCU